AUUUUGCGAUUGAUGAUAAUAUACACAAUGUUAGUGAUGUGGGUGAGGAUGGUCGAUGGAAUGUGGAAAGGCUAUUGGAGGUCUUACCAGAGGAGUUUGCAACACAUAUAAUUGAGAGAGUUAAGCCUCCAGUUAUAUCUAAUGAUUUAGAUGUUCCUUUUUGGAUGCUAGAAACAAAGGGUAAUUUCACUGUAAAGUCAGCAUGGGAUUAUUUAAGGAGGAGGGAGGAUCCUAGAAGAGCAUAUUGUUUGAUUUGCGUAAAAGCAAAUGCAGCAAGGACAGUGUGGAAUUUUUUUCUAAACAGGGCAAGAAUAGCAACAGAGGGACUGAGUUUGCAUCAGGCAAUAACAAAGUGCUGGACAACACCUGUACUGCCAAGAAUUAAACCAAUACUACAAGCCCUACCUUCGUUUAUCUGUUGGGAAUUAUGGAAAAGGAGAAAUAGCUUAAAACAUGGUGAAGUUGUAUCUGUUAGUCGGGUUAUUUAUCAGGUGUCCAACAAAUUACAAUCACUGAUAAAACUGAGAAAACCAGGACUGCAUGUUCCUCAUAAAUGGCAGGAUAUGUUAUUGGUGCUUGAGAAUUAUACUCCUAAGCUGAAAUUUGAGAAAGUGCUUUGGGAGUUUCCAUUGGAAGGUUGGAUUAAAGCUAAUACUGAUGGUGCAUCUAGAGGCAAUCCGGGAAGAAGUUCGAUUGGGGUGUGCUUGAGAGAUGAAUAUGGUGAUGUUCAGUAUGUUGCAGGUAGGGAAAUUAAUGAGGGCUCAAACAAUGAAGCUGAAGCUGAAGCAAUGGUGGAGGCAUUGAGAAUAUGCAGGUCAUUGAAUUACUCUAACAUAUGGCUACAAACUGACUCGUUGUUACUGAAAAAUAUAAUAGAUGGCAUAUGGAAACCUCCAAAUAUUGUGGAACAAGUGGAGGAAAUAAGGAGAUUGAAGGAGAGAUGCAACCUAAGAAUAUCACAUGUUUUCAGAGAAGGGAACAAGCUGGCAGAUCACCUAGCAAACUAUACAUUGGAUUUUGGUCCUAUUGAAGCGUAUCAUUUUAGAGAUCUGGACAAUCAAAGCAGGAAGAUAGUAAAUGAAGAUAAAUCACAAUGCCCGUAUAUCAGAGUGAAGGUUUCAAGGAGCUAA